GGCAAUUUCAUAACAAGAGCGCUACGUUCUUUGAAGAUCAUGCAAAGCGUACACCUCGGAAAUUUAACAUUACUGUCUAAAAAAUAAAUAGAAUGAUAUUUUUCAUCAAUGUAGCAAGAUCUUUAUGAGCUUCAUCACAAUUAGAUAUGCCACGUCAGAGAAGAAACAGAGUCGCUCAAGCCCAGGAGGUGAGGAGAAAUGAAGUCCAUGGAUUGAUAAAGUGUAUUAAGAAAAAAAGUCCAUUCAACUACAGAGCUGGAAUAUUUAUCGGCGUGAUGCAGUUGGUUUUUGGUAUCAUCUCAGUGGCCUUAUCAUUGUACGUCAUUACCUACUAUCACUGGGACAUCAUUGAUUAUCCACGAGUUGGAGUUUGGGCUGGCGUUUCUUGUUAUAUUCCAGCCGGUCUCCUUGGGUUUCUGUCGAAGAAGCAGCACACAUGGAUGGUGUGUUUUUAUAUGCUAUGGUGUAUCUUGGCUGCCUUUGCUGGUCCACUUAUGACUGUAUUCGAAGGUAUCGUGGCCGGUGUAGGAUCUCUUGUAUUCGCCUGUAAAAGUCUGCUUGGACCUCUAUUUGAUGUACCCCUUGUAAACUUGGUAGUUAACGAAAGACUAUGCGAGAAGUUUGGCAUCGAGGAAGCUGUUAUCCUCCACGGAGUCCUAGGGGUCAUUGGUUUAAUCGAGUGUGUUCUAGGUAUUGUGGGUUCUGCAUUUUGUUGCAAUGGUCUUUGCUGUGGAAUGCCUACACACGUGAUACCUGUCAAUGUGUAAAAAGAGAAACGGAGUACCAGUAAAGUCAAUUUUCGACGUACCCCACAGAAGGGGCGGAUCUGGAAUUCAAGGGGACAUUUUUGUUGUUAAGUUCAGAAAAUCCUGACAAGCAAGAAAUUUUGCCAACAGUAAUUUCUGAACCAGGAGGGGUUUCGAAAAUAAUUUUAAAUGAGCUUGUACUUUUAUAAGCUAUCCUCUGAGUGUAUGUUAUGGACAUAUCUUAUGUCACGCUUUAGUGAGUAAGAAGGCAAAAUUUGCACUUUUUAAAAGCCACAAGGCUAACAUCAUGACUAUGGUUACAUUUUAUUGGAAAUAAUUCCUAAUUUUUUAAUCCUAAUUGUUGAGAAGGCUUGCAAAAGGUACUUUCUAGAAUACAAUAGGGGAAGGCGGGGUAAGUUGAGCAUAGGGGCAAGUUGAGCCACCAGCCCCAGGCCAAUAAUG